AUGGGAAAGAAAGCGGAACAGAAGCGCAAGGAGAAGAUUGUCGAGGACAAGACCUUUGGCCUCAAGAACAAGAACCGGAGUGCGAAGGUGCAGUCUUACAUCCAGUCUGUAAGCAAGAGCGUAACCCAGGGCAACCAAAAUGACCGCAAGCGCACAGAGGAGCUCGAGGCGAAGCGCAAGGCUCGUGAGGAAAAGAAGGCCUUUGAGGCUGAAAUGGCGAAACUCUUCCGUGGUGUUGACGGGGCCCCUCCCCCUGGCGGCCGCAGUGGUUCCGCCAACACGGACGAGGCCGCGGAGGAGACGGACCGCAACUUUGGGUGUGCGCCCGACGAGUAUCUCUUCCGGCCGGAGGACUUUGACGAGGUGCAGCACGACGAGCGGCGGCUGGAGGAGCAGUUGGAGGCGGAGCGGGAGGCGCUGCGGGGCCGCACGGACUUGACGCCCGUCACGGAGGAGUCCUUUCAGGCGUGGAAGGCGGCGCAGCGGGCGGCAGCGGCAGCGGCGGAGGCGGCGCGUGUGCGGCGGGCGAAGGCGGGCGAGGGCGGCAGUCGACUGCGCGGUUGGGACUUGUGGCAGAUGGACCGCGAGUUGUUUGUGGACGACGAGGAUGCGGACGAGGCGUACGAGCGUGAAGAGGAGGAGGAAGAGGAAGAGAUGGGCGGGGCGUAUGCUGGUGAGGGAGAGGAUGUGGAUGAAAGCGCCUAUGAUCUUUCGUAA